AUGAUUCAAGAUAUUGGCGGUUCCGAUGCUCGCUCUAUCGCGUUUUCGUCCGGCGUGAAAGUGGUACCAGAUAUUGGCAAGGUUAUCUCCAGGGAUGGUCAAUCGCUUACCGUCACUGGUGCAACGACUGUCGAUAUCUUUUAUGAUGCAGAGACGGAGUUUCACUGGAGUGAUGAGAGCCGGCGUAAAGCCUUAGUUUGCGAGAGGUUGGAUGAAGCAGCGUCAACCGGCUUUGAGGAGCUUAAGGGGCAGUCUACCAGAAGACACCAGUCGAUGAUGAGCCGCGUGAAUCUCGACCUCGGCAAAAGUAACUCAUCGACGGCUCUGCUACCUAUUGAUCAACGCAUCGCUAAUUACGAGGUCGAUCCCGAUGCAGAUAAGGAGUUGAUGGUCCUUGUGUACAAUUUUGGGCGCCAUUUACUUAUCUCGUCCUCUAGCGAUACCGGGGGUGUCGGCUUGGGGGUGCCGGCUAACCUUCAAGGUAUUUGGAAUGACAACUAUAGUCCUCCCUGGGGAAGCAAGUACACUGUGAACAUCAAUCUCCAGAUGAACUAUUGGCUCGCCGAAACAACUAAUCUGGCCGAUACCCUUCGUCCGCUCUGGGAUCUGAUGAAGCGCAGCCAUGGACGAGGCCAGGACGUAGCGAAACGCAUGUAUGGAUGUCCUGGAUACGUUUCCCACCACAACCUAGAUCUCUGGGGAGAUUCGGCACCCCACGAUAAUGGCACCGAGUAUACAACUUGGGCCAUGAGCGCACCCUGGCUGCUCAACCAUAUGAUCGAGCAUUACCGCUUCACCGGUGACCGGUACUUUCUGCAGAACCAGGUCUGGCCUCUUCUCGUUGACUCUGUGGCAUUCUAUAAGUGUUACACCUUUGACUUUGAAAGCUUUCUUUCUAGCGGACCUUCUCCUUCUCCGGAGAACGACUAUAUCAUUCCGGACGAUAUGUCAAAGAAUGGAUCAAAGGGGUCUAUCGACAUAUCGCCAACCAUGGAUAAUUCCCUACUACAUGCUCUCUUCUCAAGCUAUAUCGAGGUAGCAUCGGCACUAAACAUUUCCAUCGACCCGAACGUUGGCUCGAUGCGUUCCAAAUUGCGAGACUUCCAGAUAGGGCGGUAUGGUCAAAUCCAGGAAUGGCGAAACGAUUAUACCGAAGCAGAGCAAGGACAUCGGCAUCUCUCGAACCUUUGGGAUCUAUUUCCCGGUCCUCGUAUCAGUCCGCUCACUAAUAAGACCCUAGCUGAUGCAGCGCGCGUUUCCAUAGACCGUCGGAAUAAUGGUACGAGCAUCAGGACAGGGUGGUCGCGUGCCUGGAUGGCGGCUUGUCUCGCCAGGCUUCUUGACGGUGACACUGCUAUUGACGAAGCGAAAGCUCUUCUUCAAAACCAUCUCCUACCGAAUUUAUUCACCCGUAUAUCGGACGAGACUUUUCAGAUUGACAGCAAUUUUGGGUACGUUGCGGCUAUCACAGAAACCUUAUUGCAGAGCCACCUCGGAUUUAUUCAUAUAUUACCAGCGUCCGCCUCGAAAAUUCCAACAGGGUCAGUGAGCGGGUUAGUUGCUCGUGGGGGUUUUGAAGUGUCCUUCUCAUGGAAGGAUGGAAAGUUUGUUCAAGCGGUAAUAAGGUCGCGAUUAGGUAGGAAGCUCAGCGUCCGAAUCGCUGAUGGGGAAGCCUUCAAAAUUAAUGGUGACGCCGUUGAGGAUGUAGAAACGGCGGCUGGCCAGACCUACAAGAUAACCUUGUGAAGUAUACCAUCAUGGUCUACUAAAAGGAGACGCAUGGUGUCUUACAACUUGUCCAGAAAGUACCUAGGUAGGUGGAUGUCCACCAGCAAGAGAACAUCUCGCUAUGGGAUCUCGUAUAACUUGGAUCACCGAGUUUAGCGGGGUUUACUUGUAAUCUUUGCCUGAGUAAAUCCAUGAAGCU